GCUCAUCCGGUGGAAGCGUCUUUCUAUCCGCAGAGUCAAGAACAUGGCGGCGCUCCGUGUGGUCGUGUUCUCCGGCACCGGGAGAACCCUCCUGAACAUAUCCAAAACCAUUCAUACUCCACGGGCCAACAUGUCAUUUGCUAGCCUGCCAAAGGGAAGGAAGAUAGCCCUGACCACGAUUGGAGUGCUGUCGACAGGAGGAGCAGGUCUGGCUCUGAUGCUGCAGCAGUCGGUCAAGGCCUCUGAUUUGGAGCUGCACCCUCCGUCGUACCCCUGGAACCACAACGGUUUGCUGUCCUCCCUCGACCACGCCAGUAUUCGUCGUGGCUAUCAGGUAUAUAAGCAGGUGUGCUCGGCCUGUCACAGUAUGGAGUAUUUGGCCUUCCGUAACUUGGUGGGAGUGUCACACACGGAGGCAGAGGUCAAGACCCUGGCAGAAGAGAUUGAAGUUGUGGAUGGUCCUGAUGACAGUGGAGAGAUGUUCACCCGACCGGGAAAACUCUCAGAUUACUUCCCCAAGCCCUACGGAAACCCCGAAGCCGCCCGCGCUGCUAACAACGGCGCUCUGCCCCCUGACCUCAGCUAUAUUGUCAAUGCCAGGCAUGGAGGGGAAGAUUAUGUGUUUUCUCUCCUGACUGGUUACUGUGACCCUCCAGCUGGUGUGUCUGUGAGGGAGGGCCUUUAUUACAACCCAUAUUUCCCUGGCCAGGCCAUUGGUAUGGCACCACCCAUCUACAAUGAGGUGCUCGAGUAUGAAGAUGGAACCCCUGCCACCAUGAGCCAGGUUGCUAAAGAUGUCUGUACUUUUCUGAGGUGGGCGGCCGAGCCAGAACAUGACCAACGUAAACGUAUGGGACUGAAGCUGUUGAUGGGCGCUUCCAUACUUAUUCCCCUGGUCUACUACCUUAAGAGGCACAGGUGGUCUGUGAUGAAGAGCAGAAAGAUUGCCUACAGGCCUCCUAAAUAAAGCCAAACUGCUGCCUUCACCAGGCCUUGACAACGUAAAACCCAGAUUCACGAUUGUCCAGUCUUUUUCAGAAUGCACAAUGCUUCAAGAUAAGGUUGCCGUCAUCACUAGACAUCCGCUGGACAUCCUUUCAGAUAGGUGUCCUUGCUACUAAAUGACUUGGGGAGUGGGACCUGAGACAACAUUUAUGAUGUUUUACUGUAAAAUAAAUAUCCUAAUGAAUUAUUUGUGGUUGUUUGUAUGGCUCAGAGGCGAAAAUCAAAAAUACAUUUGCAACCUUCUUGUGCUUUGUGAGAUCUGUCCUUGCAGUAGGUUCUCUACACGUUGUUGUGUAAAUAUUUAAUAAAAGCGGUAUACCUUAAUGACCUCUUAUAACAAA